GAACCUGCACCGUUUCAAUUGAAGAGGUGGCGACGGCCGACAUGCCGGCGGAGGCAACGAAGUACCCGCGGUCGCCAAGCGACGAGGACGGCAUCGAAUUGCGGCCGCUCCUUCAAAAGUCCAGGAGCUUAGGAUGCACGGGUCGUACGUCGAGCUCCAAGAGUCUACGUGACCAUCUGCGUCGCAGCUCGGAAGGCAGCGAAAGCAGCUUCGAGGGUCCGAGUACUUUGGACGAACGAGAGAGCAAGCAGAAGAUGCUGGAGAAGUCUCGGAACGCACUGCUCUUCUCGGUGUUUCUCGUCGUGUUGGGUACGGGCGUUGGUGUCACUGCGGGGGCGUUGUGCACUGCGACGGACCAGUUCAUGGUUGCCGGCGCGGGAGUGUCAUGCCUCUUUUCACUCUCGAUCCUCGCCAGCUAUUCCGAAUGCGCACGGCUGCGCAAGUACCCGAAUCAGCUCAUCGUGCACAAAACUGUCAUCGAUCUCGCCCUCGCCCUGGUCAACAUCGUGCAGUUUGUGCAUGCUUGGUCGCCGAUGGGCCCGUCGCAAACAACUUCCAUCGCUCAAGGGCUCCUCUUCGCCGGCGAGUUUUGGUUCUGCGCCAUGUCUGUGGACCUGAUCCAGUCGGUCACGAAUCCGUUCUCGUCCUUCUCGUACAACCUGCAGGUCUACCGCCUCUGCUCGGUGCUCCUCGGUGUCGUCGGCAGUGUGGUCCUGCCGUCCGCGUCGCCGUCGCCAUCGCUCCUUCUCGCAUCGCUCCCUGUCAUUCACCACAAGAUCCAAAUGUCAUGGGUUAUCUACUACGUGUCUGUUGCGUGCUCCAUGCUCGUGUCCUUUGGCUGCUUCGUCUACGUCCAGCGGCGCCUCGCGACUGGCCUCGAAGAAACAUUUGACACGCGCAAGAAGGUCCUCGCGCACGGGCUUCUCGCCAGCGUGACGUACAUUUCGUGGUCGUUGAUCGCGCUCGCCCUCGUCGCGUCCACCGUGUGGAGUCCGACGUCCGCGGAAUCGUUCCAUGUCGUGCACCUUCACGCGUUUGUGCAUGCCGCGCGAAGCCUCCUCAACAUCCUCGUGUGGGUCCUCACCAACGGCCGCGACCUCGCGGCCAUCUUGUGCGUUUCUCCGGGCCAUGCAUCAUACCACCGUCGCGGCUCGGACGAGUGGACUGUCGAGAACGCGGACGAGCUCCUGAAACCGCAGCUGAACCUGGCGCUCCGUCGCCAACUCAUUCAGAUGGCGACCAAGGGGAUCGUGGAUGCCGUCGAGCACUACCUGCUGCUGCAUCGAUCGAUCCGGACAAACCAGUCGUUCGCGUUGGACUGGGACCCCAAGCAGCGGUCGACAUCCGUGUCGAGCGUCGAUUUCGACGUCCGGCGGCAUCUUCGCUUGCGCCCGAUGGAAGAAAUGCACUUUGAGGACUUUCAACCGCGCAUAUUUGCCACGGUCCGCGCGCUCAGCGACAUUGACGACCACGAGUAUCUCCGGAGCUUUCGGUCGACGGCCAACGAGCGGCUGAGCGAAGGCCGCAGCGGCGCGUUUGUCUUUACAACCAGCAAUCGACGAUUCCUUGUCAAGAGCAUGACGAAGGGCGAAAAAUCGUUCUUGAUCUCGAUCAUGCCAGCGUAUGUGCAAUACCUCAAGUGGAACCCUUCUACGCUCCUCCCGCGCUUCUACGGCGUCCACGCGAUGAAGCUGUACGGCAAGAUGUUUUACGUGGUCGUGAUGGCCAACAUCUUUCCAUCGCGCGAGGUCAUUCAUCGCCGGUACGACAUCAAGGGCUCCUGGAUCGACCGCAACGCCCCCGUCUGCGUCAUCAACGAGAAGUAUCGGUGCGCAAACUGCAACAGGCAGUUCGUGUUUGGGGGCCAGGAAGCGUGCAGCUCGAGCGUCGGCGAACACUAUCCUGACAUUACGCUGAGGGACAACGACUUGAAGAAGCGCAUCAAGCUGCCCCGAGGUAACGAUGAGCUCGAAAGACGGUGUGUCAUGCAUGUGGGGGGGGUGAACGCUGUAGAGACGUCCCAUGCAGUGCUCAAGCAGAUCGCGCGGGACAGCGACUUUCUCUGUGGGCUGGGCAUCAUGGACUACAGUCUGUUGAUUGGGAUGCACUACUCGCAGUUUAAGAUCACCAAGGGCGACGAUCAUCGAACGUACCGCCGAGGCAACGACUCACCUGGACCAACGUCGAAGGUGCAUGGAAGCUUCACUCGGUGGGAUGCCUCGCCACAGUUGACGCAUCGGAGUCGAUUCGAGUCCCAUUCGCUUUCGUCCAACAAACGCCUCGAGUCGUCCCUUGCGCGCGAUGACGAUGCCGACAUAACAGACAGCUACAACCCAUCCAGCGGCUUUGGAUACGUGAACCACCGGUACAAUGCCGACGUCGUGUCCGGUCCGAGCGCGUACUACAUCGGCAUCAUCGACAUUCUUCAGCGAUGGACGCUGAGCAAGCAGUUGGAGCGAGUGUACAAGGUGCACGUGCUGCAGAAGAACGGGCGCGGCAUCUCCGCGAUCCAUCCGAACCAGUACGCGAAACGCUUUCAGAUGAAGAUGUGCCAGCUCCUGUAUCAACCCGAAGAUGGCGAAGAUGACUGAGCGUCAUGGCAAUGCACGGCUCGUUGUUGCAGGAAGAACGAUGCGUCGGUUAAAGGCGCGCACGCCGCCGCCACGACGCGAUGCGCGCAGACGCAUGGUACACCCUUGCCUUGUCGGGGUUGUUGUCGUGGAGCGAUUAAAAGGUUUCUAUUUUGACACUGAAAGUAGUAUCAAAACUCCUGGAAAUAGUAUCAUAUUCCACUCAAAAUAUUCGACUCCUC